AUGAUGUAUUCAUGGUGGCAUAAGGAGACGCACAGGAGCAGCGGCGGUAAAAAGGAGGCGCUGGAGCCACUGAAAUACCUCUACAUCCUGGUCCUGCCUCCUCCUGGUCCUGCCUCCUCCUGGUCCUGCCUCCUCCUGGUCCUGCCUCCUCUUGGUCCUGCCUCCUCUUGGUCCUGCCUCCUCCUGGUCCUGCCUCUUCCUGGUCCUGCCUCCUCCAGGUCCUACCUCCUGGUCCUGCCUCCUCCUGGUCCUACCUCCUCCUGGUCCUACCUCCUCCAGGUCCUGCCUCCUCCAGGUCCUACCUCCUCCUGGUCCUGCCUCCUCCUGGUCCUGCCUCCUCCUGGUCCUACCUCCUCUAGGUCCUGCCUCCUCCUGGUCCUACCUCCUGGUCCGGCCUCCUCCAGGUCCUGCCUCCUCCAGGUCCUGCCUCCUCCUGGUCCUACCUCCUGGUCCUGCCUCCUCCUGGUCCUACCUCCUGGUCCUGCCUCCUCCUGGUCCUACCUCCUCCUGGUCCUGCCUCCUCCUGGUCCUGCCUCCUCCUGGUCCUGCCUCCUCCAGGUUCUGCCUCCUCCAGGUCCUGCCUCCUCCUGGUCCUACCUCCUCCAGGUCCUGCCUCCUCCUGGUCCUGCCUCCUCCUGGUCCUACCUCAUCCUGGUCCUGCCUCCUCCAGGUUCUGCCUCCUCCUGGUCCUACCUCCUGGUCCUGCCUCCUCCUGGUCCUACCUCCUCCUGGUCCUGCCUCCUCCAGGUCCUGCCUCCUCCUGGUCCUGCCUCCUCCUGGUCCUACCUCCUCCUGGUCCUACCUCCUCUAGGUCCUACCUCCUCCUGGUCCUACCUCCUGGUCCUGCCUCCUCCUGGUCCUACCUCCUCCUGGUCCUGCCUCCUCCUGGUCCUACCUCCUGGUCCUGCCUCCUCCUGGUCCUGCCUCCUCCAGGUUCUGCCUCCUCCAGGUCCUGCCUCCUCCUGGUCCUGCCUCCUCCUGGUCCUGCCUCCUCCAGGUUCUGCCUCCUCCAGGUCCUGCCUCCUCCUGGUCCUACCUCCUCCAGGUUCUGCCUCCUCCAGGUCCUGCCUCCUCCUGGUCCUACCUCCUGGCCCUGCCUCCUCCUGGUCCUACCUCCUCCUGGUCCUGCCUCCUCCAGGUUCUGCCUCCUCCAGGUCCUGCCUCCUCCUGGUCCUGCCUCCUCCAGGUUCUGCCUCCUCCAGGUCCUGCCUCCUCCUGGUCCUACCUCCUCCAGGUUCUGCCUCCUCCUGGUCCUACCUCCAGGUCCUGCCUCCUCCAGGUUCUGCCUCCUCCUGGUCCUACCUCCAGGUCCUGCCUCCUCCAGGUCCUGCCUCCUCCUGGUCCUGUCCUGCCUCCUCCUGGUCCUACCUCCUGGCCCUGCCUCCUCCUGGUCCUACCUCCUCCUGGUCCUGCCUCCUCCAGGUUCUGCCUCCUCCAGGUCCUGCCUCCUCCUGGUCCUGCCUCCUCCAGGUCCUGCCUCCUCCAGGUCCUACCUCCUCCAGGUCCUGCCUCCUCCUGGUCCUGCCUCCUCCUGGUCCUACCUCCUCUAGGUCCUGCCUCCUCCUGGUCCUACCUCCUGGUCCGGCCUCCUCCAGGUCCUGCCUCCUCCAGGUCCUGCCUCCUCCUGGUCCUACCUCCUGGUCCUGCCUCCUCCUGGUCCUACCUCCUGGUCCUGCCUCCUCCUGGUCCUACCUCCUCCUGGUCCUGCCUCCUCCUGGUCCUGCCUCCUCCUGGUCCUGCCUCCUCCAGGUUCUGCCUCCUCCAGGUCCUGCCUCCUCCUGGUCCUACCUCCUCCAGGUCCUGCCUCCUCCUGGUCCUGCCUCCUCCUGGUCCUACCUCAUCCUGGUCCUGCCUCCUCCAGGUUCUGCCUCCUCCUGGUCCUACCUCCUGGUCCUGCCUCCUCCUGGUCCUACCUCCUCCUGGUCCUGCCUCCUCCAGGUCCUGCCUCCUCCUGGUCCUGCCUCCUCCUGGUCCUACCUCCUCCUGGUCCUACCUCCUCUAGGUCCUACCUCCUCCUGGUCCUACCUCCUGGUCCUGCCUCCUCCUGGUCCUACCUCCUCCUGGUCCUGCCUCCUCCUGGUCCUACCUCCUGGUCCUGCCUCCUCCUGGUCCUGCCUCCUCCAGGUUCUGCCUCCUCCAGGUCCUGCCUCCUCCUGGUCCUGCCUCCUCCUGGUCCUGCCUCCUCCAGGUUCUGCCUCCUCCAGGUCCUGCCUCCUCCUGGUCCUACCUCCUCCAGGUUCUGCCUCCUCCAGGUCCUGCCUCCUCCUGGUCCUACCUCCUGGCCCUGCCUCCUCCUGGUCCUACCUCCUCCUGGUCCUGCCUCCUCCAGGUUCUGCCUCCUCCAGGUCCUGCCUCCUCCUGGUCCUGCCUCCUCCAGGUUCUGCCUCCUCCAGGUCCUGCCUCCUCCUGGUCCUACCUCCUCCAGGUUCUGCCUCCUCCUGGUCCUACCUCCAGGUCCUGCCUCCUCCAGGUUCUGCCUCCUCCUGGUCCUACCUCCAGGUCCUGCCUCCUCCAGGUCCUGCCUCCUCCUGGUCCUGUAUCUGUAGUGUUUAA